AGGACGUCGGACACAGAGGACACAGCUGUGUGAGUCUGAAGACUUUGGUCCAAAUGGAGAAGAUCUCUGCAGUGGAGGACUAUCUGACCUGUCCUGUUUGUCUGGACACCUUUAAAGAGCCAGUGUCUCUGACCUGUCACCACAGCUUCUGCUCUAAGUGUCUACAGGAAUACUGGAACAAGAACAGCACCAGGAACUGCCCCGUGUGUCGCAGGAAGUCCUCCAAAGACUCUCUAGAUGUGAACUUUGCUCUGAAGGAACUGACUGUGUCCUUUUCACAGAAGGAGGAGGCUCCAGGAGGAGAGAGGCCUGUGGUGUGCUCCUCACACCCAGAGCAGACGCCUCUGUUCUGCCUGGAUGAGAGUCGCCCUCUGUGCCCUCUCUGUGAGUUUUCUCUUCACUCGGGGCAUAAGGUGGUGACUGUGGACUCAGUCGUCAGUGAAAAGAAGGAGCAGCUGGUCUCACAGCAGCAGUCUCUGUUCCAGAGGAGAAAGAAGGCCUCAAACAAACAGACACAGUGUGAACAAAUACAGGAGCUGGCACAUGCGCAGGUGGAGGCCUGUGAACAUCACAUCAGGGCAGAGUUUGAGCGGUUACACCGGUUCCUCCAACAGGAGGAGGAGUCUGCACUCAGAGCUCUGAGACAGGAGCAGAGCAGACAGACCCAGACCAUAGAAGCACAGAUGGUGCAGAUCAGGGAGGAGCUGUGUACUGUGGAGCAGAACCUCCUGACUGUGGAAGAUCUGCUGAAGAAACAGAACAUGGACUUCCUCACACAGUACAGAGACACUCACAAAGACAGACAGACUCUGCUCUCACAGCCCAGCCCACAGCUCAGACCAGGACUCCUGAUAAACCAGCCCAAAGUCCUGGCCAACGUGGCCUUCAACGCCUGGAAGAAGAUGAGAGCCCUGGUGCAGUACAGUCCAGUCAUUCUGGACCCAAACACUGCAGACCCACGACUCUAUGUGUCUGAGGAUCUGAGGGGGGUGACAUUUGGAGAAACUAAACAACAACAGGUCCCUAAUAAUCCAGAGAGAUUCUGGUACUAUGCAGAGGUCCAGGGCAGUGAGAGCUUCAGCUCUGGCUCUCACCAGUGGGACGUGGAGGUGGGGGACCAUCCAAGAUGGGUCAUUGGUUUGGCCGAAGAGUCUGUUGACAAGAAGGAAGAGAGAAAUGCCUUUCCAGAAAAUGGACUGUGGUGUUUAAUGUUUGCUGAUGGAGAAUAUUCUGAUGUUGUUGGUAAAACUCUUGUCCUGAAGAGGAGCCCUCAGAGGAUCCGAGUGCGACUGGACUGUGACGAAGGGACAGUGUCUUUCUUUGACGCUGGAGACAUGUCUCUGAUCUGCUCUCACAAGGACAGAUUCACAGAGAAAAUGUUCCCGUUUUUCUCUAUUAGUAAAUCUGGUGACGCUGAAACCAAAGAGAUUAAAAUAUACUGCAGUGAAGAUGAUUAAAGGUUUUUAGGUAUUUUUUUUAUAAAACUGUUCUGUUGUUUGUCAGAUAAGAUUAUUUUACUGUGAAACGUUCAAACUUAAAUGACCCAAAGAAACGGUUAAAUGUUUC